AUGACAAUGUCAAUGAAUCGAGAUCGGACAUUGAAAUCUGAUCCAACAAACCCCUGUUGUGACCACUGGAAGAAGAAAUACUCGAAGGUGCAAGAAUCUCGCAAUGCUCUACGACAAGCCGUCAAGGUUCUUGAAGUUAAAAUCAACGAAAUCCAGUCCCGCAGCUCCAACGCAUGUGGGGCUAAAGUUGAAAGAGGUGAUAAAUUAGGGGAAUUUACUGCUGCUGGGGUACCCUUAGGGAGUGAAACUUCCAGCUUUGAGCCUCAGAUUGAUACUUCCAUAACACAGCAGGGAUGCGGCGACCGUGGGAAUGAGAACGGGACCUUACAAGUUAAUAGGGAAAAGGAAAUUUGUAUUUUGAAGGAGCUGCUAGCGGUGGAGAAGGGAAGAGCUGAUUCUGAGAGGAAGAAAGCAGCCGAAGCUUGCAAAUUGCUAGAAGAUGAGAAGAAUAAGGCUGCUGAAAAGGAAAACGAAAUCUGUAGAUUGAAGGGGCUUUUAGAUGUGGAGAAGAAAAGGGCUAAUUCUGAGAGUAAGAAAGCUGCUGAAGCGUGCAAGUUGGUAGGAGAAGAGAAGAAGAAGGUUGCUGAAAAGGAUAAAGAAAUCGGUAGACUGAAAGUAUUUAUAGAGACUGAAAAGAUAAAGGAUGAUUCUAAGAGGAAGAAAGACGCCGAAGUAUGCAAGUUACUUGGAGAAGAGAAGAAUAAGGUUGCUGAAAAGGAAAAGGAAAUAGUUAGAUUAAAGGAGCUUCUAGAGGAGAAGAUAAGGGCUGAUUCUGAGAGGAAGCAAGACAAUGAAGUUUGCAGGUUACUUGGUGAAGAGAAGAAUAAGGUUGCUGAAAAGGAAAAGGAAAUUUGUAGAUUGAAGGAGCUUCUAGAAGAUAAGAGAAGGGCUGAGUCUGAGAGGAAGAAAGACAAUGAAGUUUUCAAGUUACUUGAAGAAGAGAAGAAUAAGGUUGCUGAAAAGGAAAAGGAAAUCAGUAGAUUGAAGGAGCUUUUAGAAGAGAACAAGAAAAGGGCUAAUUCUGAGAGGAAGCAAGACAAUGAAGUUUGCAAGUUACUUGGAGAAGAGAAGAAAAAGGUUGCUGAAAAGGAAAAGGAAAUUAGUAGAUUGAAGGAGCUUCUAGAGGAGAACAAGAGAAAGGCUGAUUUCGAGAGGAAGAAAGACAAUGAAGUUUGCAAGUUAAUUGGAGAAGAGAAGAAUAAGGUUGCUGAAAAAGAAAAGGACAUCAGUAGAUUGAAGGAGCUUCUAGAGGAGAACAAGCGAAGGGCUGAUUCUGAGAGGAAGAAAGACAAUGAAGUUUGCAUAUUACUUGGAGAAGAGAAGAAAAAGGUUGCUGAAAAGGAAAAGGAAAUCGGUAGAUUGAAGGAGCUUCUAGAUGAGAACAAGAGAAGGGCUGAUUCUGAGAGGAAGAAAGACAAUGAAGUUUGCAAGUUAAUUGGAGAAGAGAAGAAAAAGGUUGCUGAAAAAGAAAAGGAAAUCAGUAGAUUAAAUGAGCUUCUAGAGGAGAACAAGAGAAGGGAUGAUUCUGAGAGGAAGAAAGACAAUGAAAUUUGCAUGUUACUUGGAGAAGAGAAGAAUAAAGUUGCGGAAAAGGAUAAGGAAAUUGGCAGAUUGAAGGAGCUUCUCGAGGAGAACAAGAGAAGGGCUGAUUCUGAGAGGAAGAAAGCUUCUAAAGCUUGCAAGUUAUUAGAAGAAGAGAAGAAUAAAACUGCUGAAAGUGGGGAGAUUGCCAGAGUUGAAGUGGAGAAGGGUGAGAAGUAUAGGACUCAGAUUGGUCAAUUGGAGAAACAGGUUAAUGAAGCAAAAGCAAAGUUGGUGUCUGAGAUAUUUAUAUUUAAAGAGGCAACCAAAAAGUUUGAAGCUGAAAAGAGGAAAUUACUAGCGGAAAAAAGAAAUGCUGAUUCAGGAAUGGCAAAAGCAAAUGAAAUGUUGGAGAUUGAAAAACAGAAGGUAGACAAGGAAAAAAGGCGUGCGGAUGAAGAGAUGGCUAAACUAGAGGGGCAGAAGGCGCUUGCUGAGGAUAACUGGAACAAGUUCAGGAAAGAGAAAUGUCUUGCUGAUCAGAUGUCUCAGAAGUUAGAAGAGGAUAAGAAGACAAUUGAGGAUUUGAAGCAGAAGAUCAAUGAACUCUCAUCCUUGACAAAGCCUGUUGAAAUGGUUGCUGAUAACAAGGUUAAAGGUGAAAGUACAGAAAUGAAGCUUUUGAAAAACAAACUUAAGCUCGAAAAGCUACGAGCAAAGCAUACCAGGCAAAAAUAUAAGUUAGAAGCUAGUCAGUACAGCAUUUUACGGAAUGAAUUAGGUCGUCUAAAACUUGAUUUCAUUCAAUUUCUACAUCGCCUUGAUAUGCUUGAUGCAGCCUUUUCACCUGUUGCUGGAAGUAAGCAUGAUCAAAAAAAGUAUAAGAGUGUACUAGACAUGCAGAAUUCAAAUGCCAUCAGACAAAUUGGCAAUCUAAAUUUGUCUGAGAUGCGUAGCCAAUUUGAAAAUGAGCUUCUGGAGCCUUGCUGCACAACGAUAGAUGCAAGUGAUCCAUUGAGGAAAAAGAUGCAGAACAACACUCCACGUCUCACUCCCGGUGGAAAUUGCUCUGAAUCUAUCACAGGUAUUGGUUCUAAAUUGGAGCCUCUUGUUAGAGGAUCCUACCCAACAAAGUUACAGAGUUCUGCUGUAAAUUCCAGUACAGAAUCUUUUUCUGAUGGACAAUUGAUGGGCUCACAGGAUGCAAACAUUUUUCCAGUUACUGCAUCAGCACAAUUGACUCAGGAGAUCUUAAAUGCUAAACAAAACAUGAGCGAGCCAUCUGACAAAUCUGUUGAUGUGCGCUACAGGAAGAGGAAAAAAAUGCAUGAUACAGUUGACUAUAUUGCAACUUUGUCUUCUGAGAAACUAUCUGAUUUGCAUGGUUUGUUGUAUAGAAAACUUGGCAAAUGCUUAGGAGGAAAAGAGGUGUUUCAUAAUCUGAAUAAUUUAGAUGAAGAGAAUAAAAGGGCCCACAAGAAGAGAAAAAAAUCUCGUAGGGAAAAAGGGGACACUAUACCUUGGAUUAACAGGGAUGAGAAAAAAGGCACAGAAGAGACCAACAUUAAGGUCUAUGAUGGUGCAAAUGUCUGUAGACAAACUUCCUGUCCUGCUCCACAUAAUUUAGAAACCACAAAAGUAUGUGGGGAGAGAAUAUGUGAUUCUGCAAAUAAUAUCAAUUCCAUAAUUAAUUUUGAUGAAGUGCCUGAUGAAGGUUUUAUGAAAUUAGUUGAAUUAGAAAAUGCUUACAGUGAGGAAUGCUAUAGAAAAGCAAUGGAUUUUCCCUUGUCUCCAUCUCUUCCUGACAUUGAAUUUCAUGAAACAUUUGAAGAGGAUAAUUUGAUGAUUCCCUCUCUAGAGAAAUCACUCCCAGAGGACAUGUUGGGUUCAAGAAUAGACGUGUUAAUUUCACCUUCCUCUGAUGUAAUGAAUGCUGCAUUCAUUUCUAAUGCACAAAAAUGUGAUGAUUGUGGAGUUUCUUGUAAUUCACAUAUGCAAACUACAGAAAAUUCAAGGACUGCUUUUCCGGUGGAGGAUGGAAUUGGAUCUUUAAACAAUGAACAUCCUGAAUUUUGUGUUGUCUUUUCAAAUGUUGAGGACAAUAGUAUCAUAUCAAGGAUACUUACUGCUACAAAAAGUUGUAUAGCUCAGUGCAAUUUGGCUACUCAAACAGGCUGGGCGGUUAGUAGCAUUUUAACUGCACUUACAAAGGAAGAAAAGCUCUCACAGAAGGAGAAAGUUUCAGUGCUGUUAACACUUAUGCUGUUCAAUUUUACCAUGACUGCAACAAAGACAUUUGGGAGACUCUGGGAUGGGAAAUCAUUCCGCUGCUUGCGAUCUUAUUCGGAACAUAUUUGCACAGUUAUGUCUGAUGCAGAGAUAAGAAUCUUAUUUGUAGAGAAUUAUUCUUUGCAUGAGCUGCUUGGCCUCAUUGAAGAUUUCCUUAUACAGGGAAAAGUUAUAGUAAAAAAUAGAGUAGAUGCUGACACUCUAUCUUCUGGAUUGAGAGCCACUGAUUUUCUUGAUUGUGCUAAUGAAGUAUCACCUGAUGUAGCUUCAAGUGAACAAUUGGUGGCUGCAAGUGUUAUAUUAGCAUCAUUAUGUGCUGCAACUGAUUAUGUUGGAUUUAUUUGUGAUGCUUCUUAUCAUAUUCUUCGAUUGGGCAAGUUGGAUUCUUUGAUGGUGUUGAUUAUUCUCCAUAUUUUUUCUUAUCUGGGUGGAGAGAAGUUUUUUAACUUGGAUAAUUUUGGCUUAAUGGUCACUGUAUUGAAGUCUCUAAUUGUGUUUCUCGAGGAUGGGAACCGAUCUGUUGCUACUGCUUGUCUUCCUUCAAUAAAUCAGCUGCAUUCUGAAUUGUGUAUGACUGUUAAAUGCCCAUUCAUGGACGGUGCUGAAUCCAUUGAUGCAGUUGCAUGCUUGCUCUUGGAAGAAAUAAAACGAGUAGAUUUGUCAGAUUCUAGAUUGGUGUCAGUUAGUGCAAUUGACAAAGACUAUGAUGUGCCCUGUUCGAGAAAAUGCCUGAUUUCUGCUACUCAACCCGAUACCUUUAAAAAUGUCAACUUUCGUUGCCUGAGUGAUGUCCUGUCGCUGGUGGAACUCGUAGCAAACAAAAUGAGCUGGCACUGGGCUGAUAUGAUACUUGUUCCUCAGCUGCUGAAUAUACUCGACUCAUGUGUAGAGGAGAACUUUGCUAUUCGCAUAAUUGUUCUUCUAGGUCAGCUUGGAAGAACUGGAGUUGAUGUUGGUGGAUUUGAAGAUCAAGGUGUUGGGAAGUUGAGAUGUUAUUUGUUUGCUUAUUUUUGUCGCAUCUCUUCCAUGAAAGCAGACCUUUUUCUUCAAUUUGCCGCUGCCAGUGCUUUGUUUGGCCUUCUUCCUCUUGAUUUUGAAACCCUUUUUGAUACCAACAUCAAUCUUUCAGCAUAUUCUAAAUCUGUUUCUGACAGUGCUGAAACUUUGAGGAAGUGGUUCUCUGGGCUGGGUAAAGAUCAACAGAAAUUGCUGUCUGAUGUAUAUAGCAAGUAA